CCCAGGUCCGAGAGCCGAGGGGAGGAGCAGCGCCGGGACCCCGCGCUCUCGGAGCGCCCUCCAAGGUAGGGAGCCUUGGUCAUCGCGGGCCUGGCUCCUGUGGCGCGCGCCAGGUCACCCCCAAGCCAGAACUCACAAUGACAACAAUAACAGUGACCACAGAAGUUCCCCCAAGGGGUAAGAUAGAAGACAAUUCUGCCUUGUAUGAGUCCACAGCAGCUCACAUUAUUGAAGAAACUGAAUAUGUGAAAAAGAUUCGAACUACUCUGGAAAAGAUCCGAAAUCAAAUGUUUAAAGGUGAAGUAGGACAUAACAGUACAAAUAACAAACUAGAUGCAAAGCACUCUCGAAACCUUCAAAAUGGCUCUGAUUCUGAAAUGGAUCCCUCUAGCUGCAGUUUGGAUCUGCUCAUGGAAAGGAUAAAGGGAAAAGACCUAAAGCUCUUAGAAAUGAACAAAGAGAAUGAAGUAUUGAAAAUCAAGCUCGAAGCCUCCAGAGAAGCAGGAGCAGCAGUUCUGAGAAAUGUGGCCCAGAGAUUAUUUGAAAACUACCAAACACAGUCUGAAGAAGUUAGAAAGAAUCAUGAGGACAGUAAACGCUUGCUCCAGGUUAACAAACUUGAAAAAGAACAGAAAUUGAAGCAGCAUGUUGAAAAUCUGAAUCAGGUUGCUGAAAAGCUUGAAGAAAAACAUAAUCAAAUCACAGAAUUGGAGAACCUUGUACAGAGAAUGGAAAAGGAAAAGAGAACACUGCUAGAAAAAAAACUGUCUUUGGAAAACAAGCUGCUACAACUCAGAUCCAAUGCUGCAUAUGCUAAAAGUUGCCAGGAUCUUCAGAUGGAGAUUUCCCUUCUCCAGGAGCAGAUCUCUCAUCUGCAGUUUGUGAUUCACUCCCAACAUCAGAACAUGCGCAGUGUCAUCCAAGAGAUGGAAGGAUUAAAAAAUAAUUUAAAAGAACAAGAUAAAAGAAUUGAAAAUCUGAAAGAAAAAGUUAACAGACUUGAAGCCCAGAAUAAAGAACUAAAAACCAAGGUGGCGCUUUGGUCUGAAACUCCUAGAACAACAGAAUCUAAGGCUGUCUCAACAAGCGAAUUGAAGACUGAAGGCACUACCCCCUAUUUGAUGUUGGUUAGGCUACGGAAAUGAGCUGCUGGGAGAAGAUCUGACUGAGAAAGAUCAUUAUGUGGGUCUUAUUUAUUCCUUGAAACACAGUCUAAACUUGCAUGUUAAAAUGGCUCAGUGGCAGUAUUUAAUGGAAUUUGUUAUACAUCAAUAGCUUUGCAAGAAGAUAACAUUCCAGAAAAUCAAACAAAUAUAUAUUCGAGAGAAGAGACUCUUUCUUCAAAACUUUCUAAAUGGGUGAAGAAACCAGGUGCUUGCCCAUGAUGGAAGAUGAAUUUUGCUUUAAAUUAAAAAAAAAUUCCAAAUCAUUUUUGGUGAAGGGGGUGGUUUAAGGUUGUCAACUUUGACCUUUUGAUAGUUUUUUUUUUUUUGCUUAAGGAAGAUUGUCACUGAGAUAACAUCUGUACCAAUCUUCCUCUGUUUUGUAUAUGGGAUGCCACCACAGCAUGGCUUGAUAAGCGGUGCAUGGGUUCACGCCCGGGAUCUGAAGCCAUGAACCCCAGGCCGCCGAAGCAGAGCACACAAACUUAACCACUACGCCACCGGCCCGCCCCUUGAUUCUGGUUUUUAUGUACAUAAAUAGAAGGAAGAAUGUAUAUGUGUUUGAAUAAAUGAUAUAUUUUGAAGUUGACUUUUGAACAAUAAGAAAUAUAUUAUCAUGGUAUAAGUUCACCUUCUGACCCAGUGUUAGUGGGAGAGUUCUUGACUGAGUUAUGGGCAGGGGAAGGAGUAGAUUCUUUUUAGCUAAUUCUCCAACCCACAUAACCCUCCAUAGUUGAGAAUCGUGGUUGCCUCACCACAUCUAGGAAGCCACUGUUCUUCAGCUGGGAUUGAAAAUUGGUUGCUAGAAGCAACCCACACAUAAGCACAAAGGAAUGCAUUUUGUGGCUCUGAGUUUGUGACUAAUUUUGUUUUCAGUAUUCGUUAUACUAUCUAAGUAUGCUAUUUGAGGGGAAGAAUAGAACACAAUGCCGUUAGCUCAUACCUCCAUAAAAAUGUAUAUAUUAUGGGUUCAAAGGAACAGUGGCUGCUGUCUGCAGCCAGGAAGAAUCUGAGUUCAUGCAUUGGAAUGAUAUGUCUAGUGCUUUUGUGAAAAUGUGCUUCAAGUUUGACGCCUGCGUUCAUGACAGGUGGGAUCUGUGAUUGCUAUGAGUAAAACCAAACUCUAGCUGUAGAAAUGCAAAGCCACUGACUCUCAGGAAAGCAGAACACACUUCAACUAAAGGAAUAAUGGGAGACCUUAGUCUCCCGAAAUGUUGAAUUAACUUUUUGAUCCUCCUCUCUGGUGUAUAACUCUAAACAUUUUCUCAGGAAAGAUGCUUCAAGCCUUUCAAUAUGGAAUGUGAGAUAUCAGUAUUAUCUAUGAAAUAUUUAAAGAUAUGUACAAAUGAGAUGAAGUAAUGUAGUAUUUAUAAAUUCAUCAAAGUACUGUAAUCUUUGAAAUGUUGCAUAACUAUAUGUAUGAAUUUCAUGCUUCAUGUUUUUAUUGCUUGCUAGUUUUUAGGGUGUAGUUAUCUAAUAACAUUUAGGGCACAGUUACCCUAUGCCAGGAACCAUUCUAAGUACUUUACGUGUAUUAAUUACUUUAAUCCUCCCCACAACCCUCAGAAGCAGGUCAUAUUAAUAUCCCCAUUUUCUGGGGGAGGAUACUGUGAGUGGUUAAGUAAUUUGCCCUACUGCUAACUCUGGAGUAAGGAUUUGAACCUUUUGGCUUGGCUGUCAGUAUUCCUUCUACCUUCUCACUUGGUGGUCUGAGAUAUUCCCCAGCUAUAGAAAUGCCUCUCUUUCUGCUGCUUUAACAAACACAGCCUUCUUGUUGGCUCUCUGCAUUAUCCUGUGGAUGACAGUCGGAAGCAACACUUACUAAUAGAGUAAAUAUUUUGCUGAGAUGAGUUGGCCUUUCACCUGUUGGACUACCCUCAUGAGAACUUAGUUCAGAAAAACUUCCCUGCUAAACAUCUGCUUAUUUGAUAUUUAUUAUUCAUGACUUUGUGCCACACUGAAGACUUUUUGGUAAUACAUUUUCAGGCGCAUUUGUAGGGAAGUUGGGACCACAAAUUCUGCUUCAAGCAUUUGCAAUGUAGCAAGAGAAUUCAUCUUUCACUUAGAGAUCGCUUAGGUUCCUCUUAUACCUCAAUCGUGCUGGAUUGUAAUAACCAUGGGAUUUUGGGAUGGAUCCAUCUAUCUGAGCUAACAAUCUAGAGGAUUUCCAUUAGAAUAAUGUAUUCUAAAGUCAAAAAUGGAAAGACACUGUUGGAUUUUAUUUUGGUUUCAAUAUACUCAUUUUUGAACAGAGAAGUGCAGCUGGAUGUAAUAUAGAUGGACGUACUCAUGUGGCCUCCACGUUCACUUUGGAGUGGUCUUUGGAUCUCCUGAGAAUAAAAAUAAGUUCCAGAAGCCUAAAAAGAUCUGAACUCUUCAAAUACAGAAGUAUCUUCUUAGUAGCCUCAAACACAUCAUCUGUUUGUCACAUAUGGAUUGUUUCCUAAAUCUUUAUCAUGUCAGCUUUUAUCAUUUGAAAUGUUUGUUAAAUAAACAUUUCUGAGUGAUAAAACAAACGACUACAAUGGAGAAUGAAAUUUAUUAGUUAAAAGUUGUACCACGUAAGACAUACAGGAAAAGAAACACUAAUUCAAUUGUAGCCUAAAUAAUUGUACUUACAAUUAUACUAAUCAAUAUAUUGGAUAAGAAGGUCUGAGGUGGGCCUUGAAGUGAACACAUGGAGGUGGGAAAUGAAAAGAAACUUAGUUUCACCUUGAUUAUAUAUAUCAUUACAAAUUAUCAUUAAGCAAUGUUUAAACAAUUGAUAUAGCAUAUCUUUUCAAUAAUUGCUUAUAAUAUGCCUUACAAUAAAGAUUGACGUUAUGUGU